CAGCCAACUGGUAGAUAAAAAAGGCAGGGCAGCUGCAGAGUCAGGGGCUGCUGUGCUUUGAGGACUUGAAGCAGUCUAAGCACGAAUCUGUUACUGCUGUAGACUCUUGCAUUUCUCAUCUGCUAGUUCUCAGGGCUCUGACAGCGUAGUAUACGUUAGUUGAGUCCAGCUGUAUGCUGCUUGGCUUUCCACCUGCAGUUUGCGCCUGUUUUGCCGGGGAUUAGCUGCGUCACUGCGGGAGCACCACCCCGGCUGGUGGGAGUUGGUUGGUGCCAGCAGGGCUGCGUGGUUCUGCCUCCAGAAGUAAAAAAUGGCAUUUCAGAAGGCAGUGAAAGGAACUGUUCUCAUUGGAGGAGGUGCCAUAGCAACAGUUUUUGGCCUCUCUCAAUUUUCUCAGUAUAGAAACAAACACGGUACCUUUGUGAAUGUCCAAGCUGCAGAAGCAGUGACUGUUCCAAUAAAGCACGACUUUCCCACAAGAGAAGAACAGAUUUUGGCACUACGAACCACACGUGAAUUUGAUGUCCUUGUUAUAGGUGGAGGAGCGACAGGAUGUGGCUGUGCUUUAGAUGCAGUCACUAGGGGACUAAAAACAGCCCUUCUAGAAAGAGAUGAUUUCUCAUCAGGGACCAGCAGCAGGAGUACUAAAUUGAUCCACGGUGGAGUGAGAUAUCUUCAGAAGGCCAUCAUGAAGUUGGAUUUUGAGCAGUACAGGAUGGUGAAAGAAGCACUUCAGGAGCGUGCAAAUCUGCUUGAAAUUGCUCCUCACCUAUCAGCUCCUUUGCCCAUAAUGCUACCUGUUUACAAAUGGUGGCAAUUGCCAUACUACUGGGUUGGAAUAAAACUGUAUGACCUCGUGGCAGGAAGUCAGUGUCUGAAAAGCAGUUAUGUCCUUAGCAAGUCAAGAGCCUUGGAGCUCUUUCCAAUGCUACGCAAAGAUAAGCUUGUUGGAGCUAUUGUCUACUAUGACGGACAGCACAACGACGCGCGGAUGAACCUCGCCAUCGCCCUCACUGCUGCCAGGUACGGCGCUGCCACCGCCAAUUACGCUGAAGUGCUGCGCUUGCUCAAGACGACGGACCCGGGCAGCGGGAAGGAGCGCGUGUGCGGGGCACGCUGCAGGGACGUCCUCACAGGGCAGGAAUUUGAUGUCAAAGCCAAAUGUGUUAUCAAUGCUACAGGACCUUUCACAGACUCUGUGCGCAAAAUGGAUGAUCAAGAAGUACCAAACAUCUGUCAGCCAAGUGCAGGCGUGCAUAUUGUGAUGCCUGGUUAUUACAGCCCUGAUAACAUGGGUCUGCUUGACCCAGCCACAAGCGAUGGUAGAGUGAUUUUCUUCCUGCCGUGGGAGAAGAUGACUAUUGCAGGGACCACGGACAGCCCAACUGAUGUUACGUCCCAUCCAAUACCAACAGAAGAAGAUAUAAACUUUAUUUUGAAUGAAGUGCGCAACUACCUUAGUGUUGAUGUUGAAGUGAGAAGAGGAGACGUGCUGGCAGCGUGGAGUGGCAUUCGUCCUCUGGUCACAGACCCCAACUCCAAAGACACUCAGUCGAUAUCCCGGAAUCACGUUGUUACUGUCAGUGACAGUGGCCUUGUCACAAUAGCAGGUGGGAAGUGGACAACCUACCGUGCCAUGGCACAGGAUACCAUUGAUGCUGCUAUUCAGGCACAUGAUCUGAAUGCAGGUUCCAGUAAGACUAUUGGGCUGCAGCUACAGGGGGCUGAGGACUGGAGUCCCACUCUCUACAUUAGGUUGGUACAGGACUACGGGCUUGAAAGUGAGGUGGCUCAGCAUCUAGCUUCUACAUAUGGUGACAAGGCUUUUGAGGUAGCCAAAAUAGCUCAAGUUACUGGAAAGAGAUGGCCUAUUGUUGGAAAACGCCUUGUGUCUGAAUUUCCUUAUAUUGAAGCUGAGGUCAUCUAUGGUGUAAAAGAAUAUGCCCGCACUGCUGUGGAUAUGAUUUCCCGACGGACUCGCUUGGCCUUCCUGAAUGUGCAGGCUGCUGAGGAAGCUCUACCAAGAAUUGUAGAUAUAAUGGGCAAAGAACUUAACUGGAGUGAACAGAAAAAAAAGGAAGAACUCGAAGCUGCUAAAAAGUUUCUAUAUUAUGAAAUGGGCUACAAAGUAAAGUCAGAUCAAUUAACAGACAGCUCUGAAAUCACGCUAGUGCCUUCAGAUAUUGAAAGGUACAAGAAGCGAUUCCAUAUGUUUGACAAGGACAAGAAAGGUUUUAUUACUAUACUGGAUGUGCAGCGUGUCUUGGAGAGCAUCAGCGUGCAAAUUGAUGAAAAAACACUUCAUGAUAUUCUAAAUGAAGUAGACCUGAACAAAAAUGGACAGGUUGAGCUCAUCGAGUUUUUGCAGCUCAUGAGUGCCAUUCAGAAGGGCCAUGUGUCUGGAAGCCGGCUGGCUGUCCUCAUGAAGACUGCCGAAGAGAACUUGGGUCAGAGAGUGGUGAUCCCAGUGGACCGCAGCGGUGGAGGGCUGUAGCUCGAGCACAGCCUCUGCUUGCGGCCACGGCUAACGGGUAUGCACGGCUGCAUCUCUGCUGAAAACAUUCCAGUGCUUUCGACUGUCCUUGCUUGUUCAAGGUGACUGGUAUUUGUCCAUUGGUGUAGCAUUUACAAAAAUACACUGGUGCACUUGUUUUACUAAUGAUUUUCUGUACAGCUCUUAACACUCCAACAUGUGGCCUUUUGGAUUGGGUAUGCUUUAGACAUAGAAGUUUAUUAACAAGAAUUUGGAAUGCGGUCUAAAAAGAUCUGGGUGCACACACAAACGUGCACAUACUGCCUUGUUCAUUAACUUCUAUAUCACCUUUACCUUUAAAGAAAAAGUGAAUCCUGCCUUUGAAGAAAGCAUUACGUUGAGAUUUGCAAAUAUGCUUUUAGUACUUAAAAGCUGCAGGGCUGUCCACUUCAACAAAGAUCGGUAGAGGGAAAGCUGAUGUUCUGGCUUUGAGACAGUAUCACAAAGGGAACAGAACAAUCCAGUAAGGAACUGUCAGGAUUAUUUAUACUACCUUCCACUGAUGGUAGGUUUUGCUCUUUUUGAGUGUUUUGUUAUUUCUGUGGUAUCUAUACUUAGCCAGACACAAGUAUGAGCAGUAUCAAGCUGGAAAACUACAACACAUCUCAGUUGAUCAUCCAAACUAAUAAUUCAGUUAACACUAGAGGAUGGCUUUCCUUUCUCCUAUCUUAAUAAGAAUAAGCUUCCUUUAAUAAAUAGCAUUGUCUAACAGGUGGCAUUCCAUGCUGUAAAGUGCUUUCUACUGUUUCCAGGUUGGGACAAACGCUGGUCCUAUGUAGAAUAUGGCAGUUUUGAUAACAUAAGUCUUCAUUUAAAAACUCAAAGUGAGACGGUGAAACUUGUUUCGCAUUCCACUAAAAUUUCUGCAAAAGUGAAAGGGCUAUUUUUCAGCAGAUUAAUGUACAGAUUAAGAAAAAUCAAUAAAAAAUUAGGCCCGCUCACUUGAUCUGUUUUCAACAGCGUUGCAGCUGGCUGUUUGCCUUUCUGCUAGGUUGACUAAAUUCAAGAUCAAAUGGAAGAUUCUUGCCUGAUGUAGAACAAGGAAGGAAAAACACGAAUGGUUUAUUGAUCAACUUAUUCUGUUAUAUUUGAGUAUAAAUACCAGUUCACAACUCAAAAACCUCCGUUCUAAGGGGUCAGAAUUUCUGCUUAUGUAAAAUCUGAUAUUUGAACUGCUGUCACCACUUCUACUAAUGAAAAACAUCAGCACAAUAACACACAGCAAAGAUUAUAUCUGUAUUUAAAAGGGAAAAUGAUUGCCUAAAUGAAAUGGAGAGGCUGAGGAAAAUUAAUAUAUAGUGUAAUAAGCACAGAUGUUUGCGGCUGUAGAGGCAGAGUUCUUUUAAUAAAAUAACUUUGUAAAAAGUCAAGUGUUUUUGAAACCUUAAAAAAAAA